UGAAACCCUGCGCUGCUGUGUGAGUGCUUGAAGCACUGUGUUGAAAAGUUCGGCUUCCUCUGACGGCUCCUCCGGGUCUCUGAAAGAUGGACAGCCAAGGAAGAAAAGUGGUGGUUUGUGAUAACGGAACAGGGUUUGUGAAAUGUGGCUACGCUGGAUCCAACUUCCCAGAGCACAUCUUCCCGGCACUGGUGGGCCGGCCUAUCAUCCGGUCCACAGCUAAAGUGGGCAACAUUGAGAUUAAGAAUAACAAAAAGAUGGAUCUGAUGGUGGGAGAUGAAGCAAGUGAACUGCGCUCAAUGCUGGAGGUCAAUUAUCCAAUGGAGAACGGUAUUGUCAGGAACUGGGAUGACAUGAAGCACUUAUGGGAUUACACAUUUGGUCCGGAGAAGCUCGAUAUCAACUCGCGCGACUGCAAGAUCCUCCUCACAGAACCUCCAAUGAACCCGACCAAGAACCGCGAGAAGAUCAUAGAGGUCAUGUUUGAGACAUACCAGUUUACAGGUGUUUAUAUUGCCAUCCAGGCUGUGCUAACGCUCUAUGCUCAAGGCCUUUUGACAGGGGUGGUGGUGGAUUCGGGCGAUGGUGUCACACACAUUUGUCCUGUGUACGAGGGCUUCUCAUUGCCCCAUCUUACGAGGAGGCUGGACAUUGCGGGACGAGACAUUACACGCUAUCUCAUUAAGUUGCUGUUGCUGCGAGGUUACGCCUUCAACCAUUCAGCAGACUUCGAGACGGUGCGCAUGAUGAAGGAGAAUCUCUGCUAUGUGGGAUACAACAUCGAGCAGGAGCAGAAGCUCGCUCUUGAGACCACCGUAUUGGUGGAGUCCUACACGCUCCCUGAUGGCCGGGUUAUAAAGGUGGGAGGUGAAAGGUUUGAGGCCCCAGAAGCUCUAUUUCAACCUCACCUCAUAAACGUUGAAGGGGUUGGUGUGGCUGAACUUCUCUUCAACACCAUUCAAGCAGCAGACAUUGACACCAGGGCUGAGUUCUACAAACACAUCGUUCUGUCAGGAGGAUCCACCAUGUACCCUGGCCUGCCGUCUCGACUGGAGAGGGAACUUAAACAGCUUUAUCUGGAGCGGGUACUGAAGGGUGAUGUUGACAAGCUCUCAAAAUUCAAGAUCCGCAUUGAGGACCCUCCCCGCCGUAAGCACAUGGUGUUUCUGGGCGGAGCGGUGCUGGCUGACAUCAUGAAGGACAAGGACAACUUCUGGCUCACCCGGGAAGAGUAUCAGGAGAAGGGUGUGCGGGUUCUGGAGAAGCUUGGAGUCACCGUCAGAUAAAACACCAGCUCAUCACCAGUCGCUUUUGUUCAGCCUGUCAAUCCUGUCAUCAGGUGUGGAUUUAAUGGGGUUGGAUUAUGAAAGAAACUGGGCAGGGGUUGUGUGUUUUCUAUGUGCUGCUUAGGCUUGUGGAUUACGUUUAUGGGUCGUUCUUAUCAUCUUUUUGGUCAUCCUUAAAAGUAAAUACUGUACAAUUUGAAAUGUUUCAAAUAUUUCCCAAGUGCUGUUCUUUCAACACAUUUUUAAACAUAAUAGUCUUAAUAGUUUAUUUCUAAUAGCCCAUUUCUUUUGUGUUUUGACAUGAUGAUGGUACAUGAUUUUUGUCUUGUUUGUUUGCAAGAUGUUAGUAUUCAGCUUAAAGUGCAAUUUAAAGGCUUAACUAGGUUGGGCAACUUGUUUGUUCUGUAGCCAAUGGAAAAACUAGAUUUCUUAAGAGGGGGGGGCUAAUAAUUAUUGACCUUAAAAAUUGUUGUUAAAAGAGUGUAAAUUCCAGCCAAACUGAACGAUAUAAGACUUUCUUUAUAAUAAAAAAAAUAUAUAGAGAAAAAUUACUGUGAAAAUUUCUUUUAUCUGUUGGCAAAUAUUUGAAAAAGAAUACCAAUUUCACAGGAGGACUAAUCAUUUUGCCUUCAAAUAUAUUGGCAAAAUAAAUGUAUAUGAAACCAAGCGGCAACCUCCCGCUCUCCAUCGGGAAGUCAAUACGGAAGUCACUAAAACUGCAAUUCAUCAACUCUCCUUUGGGGGGCUGGCUCCAGGAAAUCCAGAUGAUUUCUGACUGCAAUGCUAUAUUGACCAAUUUUACAGCUGAUAAAAACAUCUUUACAGCCUGGUACAAAUUAUUGUUUUGGUGUAUAUAGCUAAUAUUAACCUUUAUGACAACUGUGAGGGGGUACACUUUUUUUAUAACUCAUACGUUCGCACAAUUAAGGGCGUGGCCACUUGAGUGACAGUUUUACUAACACAGACUAUAUUUUAAGUAUUUGGAAGUAAUGCACAUUUUCCUCCAUCAGUGCAAUGUACGCCAUAAGUGCAAUGUUUAGUGGCUCAAUGUAUGCAACAGUGUUUUUAAAUGACUAAACACUUUAUUGAUAUGGUAAAUAACCAAGCACAUGUGGUCAGACAGCCUGAUCUCACAAGAAAACGUUAGUAUUUUGUGUUUUGUCAGUUUAGUGGCUAAUUCCUACGAAUUGGUACGAGUGCAGUCGUACGAAAAUGUACGAUUUUAAAAAGGAGGCAUGACACCCAAUCCCACACCUAAACUCAACCGUCAUCGGGGGAUGAGCAAAUCGUACUAAAUUGUACGAAUUAGAUCCGACGAAUUCAUAUGAAUUAGCCACUAAAUCAAAAAGUUACGAAUUGCCGUGAGAUUGCGUUGGGUUAGAACACAAACGAGUUGCAGGUAAUGAAGUAUUAAGCGUUUCUCCCAAAGAAAAACUAGUCUAGGCAAAAUGCUAGCAGGCGUUUGUAGCUCCACCAACGCUCCGCCUCUUAGCGCUUAUUUGGUGACCCCCGGUCAGUACGAUGAAGCGCGAAAAUGGCAACAGUUGGCCACCCCUACUUGUUGCUUCAUUUGCACUCUUCAGAAACCUAUGGGUAGGGCCAGGCGGAAUCUGCGGGCGUUUUUUGCUAUUUCUGCUGAGAAUUUUGCUAAAAAUCUGUGGAUUUCUGCGGAAUUAUUUUGGGAGUAUCAUAACUAAAACCUUAAUAUAGGAAA